GAUUUGUCGAGGUGACGCACGAAUCGUUGUACAAUAGAUUGACCUUCAAAAGCUCAGUAACCUUCGUCAGUAGACGGUGCUACAUCGUUGGCUUUGACUUAUAGAUUGAACGUGUGUCUUGUAUCGAUGUAGUCCCUUUUCUCGGAAAACUUAUUCAUCUACGUACAUUGAUGUCUAUUAUUUGGCAUAUUUACUUGAUACUGUUCGUCUCCAAUCUUGAUUGUGAAUCUUCCUUUAAUGUGGCACUGAGUGCAAGCGAUCCCGUUGGUUCAACAUUUAAUCAGAGUUUUACUUAUGGUGUGACCAAUACUGCUCCUGAUGCUUCUACUAAUUUUUCCAUUACUACCACUGCCACCACAAAUUUUACCACUACUACUGAUGGGUUUAAUCAGUCGAAAUUCUGUCAUCAUUCAAAAUUGUUACCUCCGGAAAAUGUCACAAUCACCAAUGUCACAUCUGAUUCCUUCGAUAUUAAUUGGAAUUUACCACGUCUUUAUAAUCGGCUGAAUAAAGUUGUCUACGAAAUAUUGAUAAAUAGUCCACAAAGGUUACCAAUAAUCAUUAAAAAUGUCUCAAAUUGUUUUCAAUUGACAAAAAGGAUUAUAAAUUUAACAUCAUGUUGGUUUUAUAUUAUACAAAUCAAAACACAUGAUAUGUUAUGGAUGAAAUCAAGUGAUUGGUCAAAUCCAGUAUUUACAGCUACAUUAUUACCACAACAUGUCGUUCAAAGUCAUUUUGAAGUAGAAAAUAUGUCUCCAACUAUUCAAAAAGUGAAGUGGAGUAAAUUUACUGUGCCUAAUGAAUGUAUGGCACUUAUUCAAUUAUUACAAAUGAAUGAAAAAACCUUCAUUGAGUUAAUUACCAGUGUGGCAAUAAAUGAAACAGAAUAUACAUUCUAUAAUUUGGCACCAUCAACUCAAUAUACGUAUCAUCUGAAAGUGAUUUCACCAUUUGGUAAUUAUUUAAGGCAGCAUAUUUCAAUAACUACAAAAACUUUACCUUUGAUUCAUCUUUUAAACACAAGUAUUCAUACACCAAAACUUAUUCAGAUCUCUAAUAUUACAUCCACUUCGUUCGUGAUCAUUUGGUCAAUUGUGAAAACUAAUGGAAGUCAAUUCAAAACUUCUACUUAUGAAAUCUUGCUUAAUAGUCAAAGACAAUCAUUGUUAUUAAUAAAAAAUAUUUCGAGUGAAUUAUUUAGACAAAAAAUUGAGAAUUUAACUGCUUGCACAAUUUAUACAAUUCAAAUGAGAUUAGUAGUAAAAUUAUCUGAAACAGUAUAUAGUGAAUGGUCAAAGCCACUAACUGCGUUUACUUCAAUCUCGAACAUUUCAAAGAAAACUCUCAUAAAAAUUACAAACCUUGGCAGAAAUAUGCAACACUUGAGAUGGAUUAAAUUGAACGAUCCUAUCUUGAUGAACGAGUGUAAAUCCUAUUUAGAAUUAGUUCAAUGCAGUCAUCUAUCAUAUAAUUGUUUGACAGUCGAAUUAUCUCUGAAUGAAACUACUUUUAUAUAUUACAAUCUGAAACCAUUGACUACUUAUACAUAUAGUAUCAAUUUGAUUUCUCCAUUUGGUAAUAUCAAUGAUAUUUACACGAAGUCUUCAGCCGAAACACUACCUAAUGGUCCAAAUACACCGGUCAAUCUAUCUAUCAGCCAUAUAUCACCGAACAAACUGACCUUACACUGGCAAAAUCCACCACAACAUCCAGCCUUUGAUGUUCACUGUUUUUGGGUGUACAAACGUGAAUCGAUCCAUCUGAUGAGUGGGUUGGACGAGUACAGAAUUUGUAAUGUUUCGAAUGAACUUAUUUUGACAUCACUGAUACCGGGAAGACAAUACACUUUGUAUAUGAGAUCUGAGGAUUCUGUGUAUGGAUUACAUAGUGAUGUGUCUAAUGCUAUAAGUGCAACAACCUAUCCAUCACAACCAAAUGCACCAACUAAUCUAACUGUAACCAAUAUUUUAUCUAAUCAAUUUACUGUUAAAUGGACUGAACCAGUACAAGAUUCUGCAUUUAUAAUUAAAUAUUAUUUAAUAUAUUAUCGUCCUACUUUAAAGAUAAAUGACCUAUUCACACAAUCUCAUAUUUUCUCUAAUCAUUGUAAUGAAUAUAUCAUCACUUCAUUAUUACCUGGUAUUAACUACACAGUAUAUAUGAAAUCGAUCGACUCAAUUUAUGGUAUAUACAGUAAUGAAUCGAUCCCAAUUACAGUGUACACAUUUCCAGAUGCUCCUAAUCCACCUAUCAACGUUACGUUUAUUGAGACUGGAUCAACACAGCUCCGUGUUGUAUGGAUGCCUCCUGAGGAGAAUUUAGCUUUCAACAUCAAUUGUUACUUGGUAUAUAUCCGUCCAACGUUUAUUGUAUUUAGCCAUUUCCAAAAAUUCAAUAUUUGUCAUUCUAACGUGUGUGACAUCAAAUCGUUAUUACCGGGAGUAAACUAUACAGUUUAUGUUGAAUCGUUUGAUUUAACAUACGGACUUCGAAGUUUGCCUUCAAAUUAUAUUACCGCUGUUACCUAUCCAGAUAGACCUAUUAAGCCAGAAAAUGUAACAGUGACCAACAUCAAACCAAAUGAAUUCACUAUUAAAUGGAACGAAAUGAAACAAGAUUUAACGUUCACUAACAUUUGUUAUUCACUUUAUGUGCGACCAACUUUAAAUAUUAAUGAUAAUUUUAAUCAGUUCAAUGUUUGCAAUGGGAAAAGCGAAUUUACUGUCACUUUCUUAUUACCUAGAACAAAUUAUACGGUAUAUCUUAAGUCGUUUGAUACUAGUUAUGGUAUAUACAGUGAUGCAACGAAAUCUUUUCUAAUCUAUACAACAUAUCCAGCAUGUAUUCAACCACCAGUCAAUUUAACAUUUUCUGAAAUUAAUAUUUAUGGAUUUACUGUACAUUGGGAUCAUGCAUUAGAAGAGCAUUCAUUCGAUAAUAACAACUAUUAUUAUGUCUUCAUAAAAGCUUUGCACAAUCAUACAAACAAACCAAUGAAAUUCAAUGCCGGUCAAUCAGCCACAAGUUUUCAUAUUUUUAGUCUUUCACCGGAUACAUGGUAUAGUGUAUCUGUACAAUGCAUAGAUACUACAUACCAUAAUAGUAUCGAAUCAGAAGAGAUUUUUGUACAUACAUAUUCCGAGACUGUUGAACGUGACAGUCUUAAUCAGCUGACGAGUCUGAUCCUACAAGUUCCACCAGAACAACAAACAACUCAUAUUCAACAAGACAGUAUGAUUAUUUUGUAUUUACCUUUAUCUCGGUUAAAUUGUUUCAUUUCAACAGUUUAUGUGGUUUCACUUGUAAUAAAACCAACUAGGGAAAAUCAUCAUGAUGAAAUUAUUUGUUCUGAAGGUUGUACAAAGAAAAUGCACUACAAUGACAUUACGGAUAUUUAUUUAGUUGAGUCGACAUACAAAAAUCGCCAUAAUAAAGAAAAUGGAUCAUGGGAAGUACUUAUACAUUCACGGUUGGAAUUAAGUCAGACGCGUACACGACGUUCAAUGGCUUACCGAAUGAAUGAAAGUUAUCUAUAUUCCGAUGAAUAUUUCAUAAUCGGUGAAAAUGGUGUAUGUCCAUAUAAUUCGCAUGAUUGCAAUGGACCACUUAAACCCGCUACACAGUACAGUAUACAAUUACGUACUUACACGAAAUAUGGAUAUACCACGUCGAAAAUAAUCCAUGGACGUACACUGUCUGACACUACUAUCAUUUUGAUCACAUGUUGUAUCUUGUGGUCAUUGUUCAUAUUGGCUAUAUCCUCAUUCGGUUUAUUAUAUUAUCGUCUUAUUGAAAGAAGCACUAUCCCCAAGAAUAAUGAUAUUUAUAAUAAUAUCGCAAGGGGAAAAAUCAAUAAUAAAUCAAUAAUUAAUGAAGAUAUUUAUUCACAGAAGAUAAUGGAUCGAACCCACCUUCCAAAUUUAUGUACAUCUAUGAAAUGGCCAACACCAGUUACAACCCAUACGUUUAUGGCACAAUAUGAAAACUAUUCAAAAGAUUCAUUCGCAACACUAAAAGUACAAUAUCAAUUAAUAAUCAGUAACAGUCAAUUUCUAAUACAAUCAGAUAUGUUGAGUCAAGAAAUUGGACAAAAGAAUAUAAAUAAACGAUUAAAUCGUUUUAGUGAUAUUCUACCGUAUGAUCAAACGCGAGUGAAGUUAAAUCCACUUCAAAAAAGCAAACAGGAACACGAUUAUGUAAAUGCAAGUUUUAUUUAUGAAAUAAUACCUUGUACAAGUGUUCACACACAUCCCGUGCUAAACAGAAAUAAAAUAGAGUACAUUGCAUCACAGGCACCAUUAGAAUCAACAGUUGGUGAUUUUUGGAGAAUGAUUCUGGAUCAAAAUAUCACCAUUAUCGUUAUGCUUACAAAAUUAUAUGAAGACAAUAUAUCAAAAUGUUGUCAGUAUUGGCCAAAUGAUAUUCAUGAAUCAUUAACAUUCCAGUCAGAUUGCUUGAGAUUAGAAGUGACAUUAUUAUCUGAAGAAGAUCAUCAUAUAUACAUUUUACGUAAACUAUACAUUACUUCUAUUAACAAUCAGUCAAAUAACCCAGAAAAUUCCAAAUAUGUUGUACAGUUGCAUAUGACGACUUGGCCAGACUUUGAUGUACCAAAUCUAAGUGAAUUUCAAACAUUUAUGAAAGAUUACCGUGAAUUAAAGUGUGCAGAGUCACAUCGAUAUUCUCCAACUCUUGUGCAUUGCACGGCUGGUGUUGGUAGAACUGGUACGUUUAUUGUUGCUGAUUUAUUACAAAUCUAUAAAGAAUCCAAUUGUGUUUAUUAUGAUAUACCUGGUAUCAUUUUACAAAUGAGACGAUGUCGUCCAUCGAUGGUACAAAAAGUUGUAAGCACUUAAUUUUAUGUUAAAGUAAUUGGUUCGGACUAAAAAUAGUUUUCAAACAAUUAAACUAUAUUUAUUCAGUAUAAAUUUGUUAAACAGAAGCCGAUCUUUAUACUACUGUAUGACACUCCUAUUUACUACGAGCAGUUGUGCAAUUGUCAAGUGUUCUGAGUGAAUGGCAAUAUAAUAAGUUGUUAUGCCCAGAGCCGCCAAUCAGAAGCAGCGAAUUAUCGAUCGGACCGAGGACGCGUAAAACACGUGCGAGCAGCCUAGAGUCCUGAUUGGUCCUGCUUUCCGCCUAGCCCAGCCAGUUAAGUCCAGAACACCAGUCUUACCCUCUGCAAUAUGAAUCAUGUCUAUCAAACAUACUCUGUUUAGAUACCAAUCAAACAGACCACAACGUACCAAUAAAAUAUGAAACAACAUUUGUACAAGAAUUAGCCAGAUGUGGCUGUGAAUAAUAAGAGGAAUAUGAAUAUGCAGAGUUUAGUUAAUUAGUAAUUAUACAAUAGAAAUAUACGUUUAGUAUUGGUCCAUCAAUAGAUUCCAAAAGUUACCAUUCAUUAUUCGUGUCGGGACAUAACAUAAGUGUAGGAUGAUUUUCAUCACAGAGUUAUAUUAGUUGGAGAACCGUUAAAAACUAGGAACCACUGAAGGACUAUUACGUCAUACUAAUGGUUCCCUCAGCAGUGUUUAGUCAUCAUAUCACACAAAACAAAACCAAAGUUUUUGGGGUCUCGUGUCAAACACCGUACUCUUAGGUCAUUGAAUCAUCCUCCAACAGUUUACAUUUAGAACUAAUCAUUAUUCGAAACAGCUGUUCGACUCUUCCCGGUCUUGCAACUAUUCUCUGGUUGAUAUCAUUUUCUUGAUGAUAACCGCCUUCAAUUUGUACUGAACUCAUCAAAGCACCCAACCAACCAAUAAUCGUUUGAUCGUUGGCUAUUAGAUUCCAGCUGGAUUCCUAGUGUUCCAAUGUGAUGUUAUGGUCACUAGGAUUCAAGCAUAACACUCGAUGAUAGUAGACAGUUCAGCGAACAAUAGAAAUAAUAAGGUGAAAUCGGGUGUGAGAAAAAUAAUCGUCCACUUGAUGAAUAUGAAAAGGGCGAAGAAUAAAGUAAAAACGUCAAGGUAAUAAUAACAAAUAAUUAAAGUCAAGAAGAUUAAAACAUUAGCAGGACAUAAUAAAAUCGAACUACUAUUUACCAAAAUUAUGCGUUAGCGCCAUGACUUACCUGAGAAAAUUGUCACUAUCAUACGGAAUUCUUACGACAGACCCCACGGCAAAGUUGUGUGUGGCAGUCAACUGAUAGAUGCAUUCCCAAUGAAUAUCUAUGUCAGGCAAGACUACUUACUCUCUCUUUUGUUGGAAUAGUUGAUGGAAUUAUGAAGACCUCUACAUCUGAGAGAAAGCACGGAAUACAAUGGACAGCUUGGAUACAACUAGACGAUUCCGACUUUGCAGAUGAUCUGGCUUUUCUAUCCCAUUCACACGAACAAAUGCAGAUCAAGACAACCAGUGUAGCAGAAGCCUCUGCAUCAGCAGGCCUCAACAUACACAAAGGAAAUCAUACUUGAUGGAGAAGCCGUGGAAGAGGUGGGAACUUACAUACCUGGUCAGCAUCAUUGAUAGGCACGGACGAUCUGAUGCAGAUGUGAAGGCACUGAUUGGCGAAAUAGGGUUCAUCAUUCCUGCAAUUGAAGAACAUCUGGAACUCAAAAUAAAUCUCAGUCAAUAACAAAAUUAUAAUUUUCAACACAAACGUCAAGACAGCUUUUUGUACGGAGCUGUAACUUGGAAAACUACUACAACCAUCAUCAAAAAAGUGCAGGCAUUUAUAAAGAACUAUCUAAUUAGGUAUUUAAUCGUUCGCAAACAGAUUCCAGGUUUGAAAAUAUUGUUUUACUAGGGUCUCUGAAGUGCAAAGGUUAUUAAUUUUCACUCCUUUUGAACUAAAUCAUCUGACUGUAUAGACAGGUUUAACGUGGUUAUCAGGUAAGGUCAUGUGACUGGAGUUCACAAGAUGUUCUAAUAUUGAGCUCUUGAUUGACUUACAUUUACCUUUCAAAAGAAAGCCGAAAUAAUGUUCGAACGUGCGUUUGGAAAGCGCUCGCAUUGUGUGACUUAUAUAACCUCCUUUACAUGAGCCAGUGAACUUAUAAAUACACAUUGGUGUGGCCCAAUGCGAGAGUUUGUUGUUUGACACAUUUAGGAAUUAUUUGACGGCUGGAAGGGACAAUGCGAAGCUUGGUGGCACAAGACGUUUUCCUCAUAUGUUCCGAUAGACUGCAUAAAAAAUAUUAAUGCUUAUCUUGUUAUAAGAAAUGUAGUUUUGCAACGGGAUCCAUUAACUAUUGAAGUGAAUCCUGUAGCCAGCAUUACGGAAAUGUUUUGAUAUCUGUGACACGCUUGGACAAUCACCACUUUUAACCAAGUUGCUUCUCACACAAGAAAGAAGUUGUACAAAUGAUGAAAGCUUAGGGAAAGUAGAUAGAUACUUUACGCUAGUGUAGUACUCGUCAGCGGUGUCAAAUUUGAUUUGUUGGACAGGAUCGUACUCUGGGGUUGUCUGCUGAAGAAAAGAGUGCCUGAAAAGCUUACUAACAUCUUAAGCACUGUAUACAAAUACUUUAGUAUAAAGCCACUUCUCUCCCUUGGUAAAACUCACCAUAUGUUAAAGUCGCUUAUUCUCACUACUCUUCUUUAACCUUGCCAUCGAUGAUACCCUAGGAACAUCUCUGAUAAAAUUGGGCUAUACUGGUGUGUUUCUGUCACCUGAGGAAAUAUCUUUCAAACCUGAGUAUGUGGAUGAUAUUUUCUGUGGGUGAUACUUAAGUUGUGAAAUGCACACUUAUUCAGUUGGCGAUGAGCGUCCGUAGGCUUGGCACGUAGUUCGUACCUUCUAAGUCCAAGGUACUUUUACAAGACUGAUAGUGGUCUGUACCUAUACUCAAUGUUUUUGAUGAGCUUUUAGAACUAGUCGAAAAGUUUGUUUAUCUGGGUACCUGGUUGAGUGCGUGUGGUAACGUGAGUGAUGAGAUCAUUAUGCGUAUAGUGAAAGUUAGAGAGGCUUAUGCCAAUCUAGGCCAUGUUUGAUUCCCUCAUUACAUAAUUCUGGCUGUAAAAGGACAGAUUUACAAUGCGUCGGUGAGAGCAGUUUCAUUCUAUGCUUGCGAAACCUGUCAUUUUUCAGCUGAAAAUGUUAAGCGACUAUCCGCGUUUAAUUAUCAUUGUCUAUGAAGGAUUGCCGACAUUCAGUGAUAACGCCAUGUUAGAAAUGCAGAGGUUCAGAAGCAUGUGUUCAGGCACAGUGACAGUGAUGAAAUUGGUGCCACCAUCUUUUGUGUUACGGAUGUUGUCCAAGAGAAUUGCACAUCGUGCAUUAUUUUCCGAUUCUUCGACUGGUUGGUAAAAGGGGAAAGUUAAUGAGUUCGUUACACUUUUGUGCAGUAUGCAAGGGAAUUGUACAGGAAUGACAUCUAUCGGUUUUUCAGAAUUCUCUGGUUGGGUUCCGAGAUGUCGCUCACACCUGACAAUAAAAGCUAGUGGCGAUCUUGUCGUAAUUUCGUUUUACUUCUUUCUAAAUUACAAUGAUAUUCUCUAACUGAAGGGAUUUUUCUUGGUUAUAUAUAUAUUUUUAAACUGAACUGUUUUAUAUGCGACUCUUAACGUACUUUUAUUCAUUUAUUCUUUUGCGUUAUACACAUCCUCCAUUCUUCACCCCUUCACAAUCGCAUUUCCUUAUUUUAUGGCAUGCAUUUGUUUUGGUGCUCAUUUGGGGCUAAUAUCAUGUACUUAAAUAAAUAAAUAAACUCAUGCACCCAUAUGGCAUCGAAUCCAGUACAUGGAACCGCCGCAGCUAACACGAUGCUGUUAAAUCAUUAAGUCACAAUCUAGUUGUUUAUAUCUUUGAAAGUCAAUCAUUGCACAAUAUUAUUAGGUUAUAUCUAACUGGCUGUCAUCGGGAAUGUAUUCCAUCAAUAAUAUCUUCUGCAUAUGAAAUCGUUCCAAAAUUAAUCACUAGUGACGAACCUGAGAUUCUACCCUCAGUGAACUGCACUGUUGAAGAGUUUCAACUUAGGACGAAACAACAAUUUAAUAUUUUCGUGUUUUUAUUGGUUUUCUAGUUUGUGUUAAUUGUGGAUAUCAAGCUGACUGUUCUCUGUUGUUUUACAUCAAUUUCAGGCGCAAUAUAUAUUUCUUCACCAGUUUGCUAAUACAUUAUUUCAAUGAUAUUAGUUUUUUUCUGAAAAUAUCAACAACUUUGAAAUUUUAUGUUUACUUCAAAUGAAACUUAUCAUUGUGAUCUCAAAAAUUUCCGUCAACAGAACUACGAUCUCAAAAGUGCCAAGUUUACAUUUUCUGAAAUGCUCGUUUGCUUUUUUCUGAACAAACAAUUAUGUGCGUUGUUACCACCGAUCAAAUGUUAUUUUCCCUUAUGAAAUAAAUGGUGCUACUUUGUCAUACAAAACCUGGAAAAAGAUUGCCGUCAGCAUUCCAUUCAACUGAACAGUAUAUUUUCCUUAUUUUUUAAACUGUACUCUAUUUAGUGUCGCUUUUAAAUAAAAUGUCAAUAUUUUCACCUUUAACAUUUUAUGAUUUUAGCAAUAAUUCGUGCAUUUAAUUUCCCCCUUUCAUCCUAACUAAUGAAUUGCGAUGAGCCAUAAUUACUAUUUUGAUAAUAGUAAUUACUAAAAAUAACAUUGUUACUUCUGUCUUAACUUCUUUCUUCAUUUUUUUCACCUAUCAAACUGAAUUCAUUUAAAUGUUUGUAGGAAGUAAUUUCCUACAGGUGUAAUUCUGAAUUAUUCUCUAGACUGUCGAGCACAGAGUCUUAGCUUAGACAAAGUCAAAACAACUAAGCUACUUGGCUCGAUAAACUUUAUCUGUUUCUAAAACGUAAAUUAACACUGUUAGUAUACAAAAUAAACAAUAAAGUCCAUUAAACAGGGAAAAGGAGCGACAUAAAUAACAUACUGAACACUAACUAGAGGAUAGGGAAAGUUAGUCAACAAAGUGAAUAUUAUCAUCAUAGUGGGGCUUUGUGGAUAUUAUAGUAUUGACGGAUAAUUCCCAUUUAAACAUUAGAAUUAAAACACGAAUUUCAGCGAAGGGAUCUCUUUUCAACGAAUUUAUUAUCAAGCUGUACAAUCGUAUAUAUAUGAAAUUUUUUUGUUUUUUGUAAAAGUACUAAUUCCGUGAGGAAAUGUGAACAUAGUUAAUAAAAAAAAGGGUUAUAAUACUAGAUUACGUAAUAUGAAUAAUAACAAUAACAAUAGAUUUAGUGAAUAUAAUAAGAUGAUUAAAAUGAUUCAAAUGUUUUUUUGUUAUAAUAAUUAAAGGUCAUAGAGUUGUAAAAAUAAAUAUGGUGAUAUGAUGAGUAUUCACGAAUAAAACAAUGAGAAUAUAAGACAUAAGUAAAGGGGAGAAUGCAGUAAUAAUAAUAAUAAUAAUAAU